AGGAAUUAGGCUCAUGGGGCAAGGUGCAAUGAAUGGUAUUAUUAGGUAAGUUUUUCCUUAUGCCAUUUGAUAGAUGAUAGGGUGGAAUCAAAGGACUGCAAUGAUAGGGUCAGAUGAAAGAAUUGCUUUAGGGAAGCCCAUACAGGUUUUUGACACACUGGCUGCUUCUUCAUCCUGGUCAGUUCCAUUGGCUCCCAUCCUAAACCCCACUAGGUCAGUUAGUCAAAAAGCAUUUAUUAUGAGCCAGGAACCAUUGUAAGCACUGGUCAUACAAAGGCAGAGCUUUUUAUUUUUAAAAACCCUUAUCUUCCAUUUUAAAAGUAAUACUGUGUAUGGAUUCCAAGAGGGAAAGGGUGGUAAGGGUUAAGCAUUUGGGGUUAAGUGACCUGCCCAGGGUUAUACAGCUAGGAAGUGUCUGAGGCCAACUUUGAACCCAGGAUCCCUAUCUCUAGGCCUGGCUCUCAAUCCACUGAACCACCCAGAUGCCCCCAUGGAGCUCACCUUCUAAUGGGGAAGACAACAUGUAAAUUUGUAGGUAUAGACAAGAUCUUUGCCAAGUAGGAGGAAGAUAGUCAAAGAGAGGAAGACCUGAAGAAGGUAGGGCUUGAGCUAAGCCAUGAAAGCCAAGGAAGCUAAAAGGUAGAGGUGAGGAUGGUUUUUGUUUCAGGCAGUUUGAAGGCACUGAGAAAGAGAUGGAAUAUUGUGUUUAAGAAAGAGUAAGCAGGCUACCCACACUGCUGAAUUUUGACUAUGCCAGCUUAUGGGUUAAGGUAAACUUGGACCACAGAAGUGGGGAAACAUAUAGUUCUUUGAAGUGAUGAACUGGGCCAUGAUUCUAUCUCUAUUGAAAAUGAAAAAUUAAACACAUGAUCUAUGCCAGGAAACUUUCCACUCUACCUAUGCUGUGCCCAGGGAAAGUGCCAGGGAUUUUCUUUCUCAAACAGGACCUUGAAUUGUUUUGUCUGAUGCAUUUGUUAGGUCUACGUUAGCAUCCAGGGUCAUAGGUUGUUAAAAAUGGGGAAAAGAUGUUGUUGACUUUAAGCUUAAUCUUCUAUUACAAUUAUUCCUCUUUCAAGCUGAUCUGGGUCUUCCUGGUGCUUCAGACCCCCAUAGGGAAAUUCCAACAGCAUAACUGAAGCUAGAGACUAGAAUAUAAGGAGCAGGAGAUCAUGGCAAUAUCCCAGAUGACUUGACAGGGAAUUUCGCCUCUUCUAUUUCUAUUUUGCCUCAUCAUUUUCUUUAUCAGUAAAAUGAGGAAAGCUGGACUAGAUCGUUAAGGUCUCUUGGAGCUUUAACCUCUAAGACCCAUAGUAUAUGUAUUGAAACUAGCAUUUCUGUCCCUUGCAGGGGCUCCGUAAUUCUUGUUCUUUAGAGGGCCAGUAGCUUAAGGCUUUUUGUGGACUCAAAAGGUUUAGGAGCACCUAGAAUAGAACUAUCCUCCUGGAGAAUGACAACUUGCUAACUGGAUAGGUAGAGUUAGCCCUCUAGUCUCAGUUUACCAACUCAAUUCCAUUCAGGUGAACAUUGAUUAAAUUAAGCAUUUAUAACUAAUAGGCAAGUUCUUUGUGCUAUGAGACCAACUCUUCCCAGAAGCCUCUUGCUUUCCCCUUAUCCUGGAGGUAUAACACAUACCCAAACCUAACAUCCUGGCUUAGUGGCUUGGUCCAAUAGAGAUAAUAGGUCUCUGGAUCACAGACAGCCUAGCUAUAAACCUGUUUAUGACCAGCCUGAAGAAGGAAGGGUAUGAUAUUCCCACCAGCUGGGGUCCAUGUCUGUUGCAGAUGACUUUCCUCAAAGAGCACUGAUCUGGGCACAUUGCUUUUCCUUUCUACUAUCAAGGAGUUAACUAGAUUUUGCUAAGUGUUGGGGUGCCUACACUCAAGUCUUGAAUACCUUGCAGGGAGGUGGUCAGCUGUAGAACUUAAUUCAAAUGAUUGGUCUUUUGGUUCACACAAACUGACUCAAGUAGUUGGUUUUUAGUGGUGUAGCUGGGAGGGGUGGAUUCCUUUGAAGCAUAUAUGGACUGCAUUCAUGCUUUUUAACUGAUCCUGUCUCAACCCCCCUACCUAAAGCUGAGGCAGGGUGAUUCAAGGUACAGCCAGAGAAAUGGGACAGUAAGGAGAGGGGAGGAUUUUCUCAGGACAGAAAGUAUCUUUACUGCAGACACAGGGCAGGGGCCCAAGCCCCUUGACAUUGAUCUUAUGAUCUGGGACUUUCCACCAUCCUCAUGCAAUUAUUAAGUACCUGUGUAGUGUCUGGCAGACAGGUAGGUGGUAAAGUGGAUAGAAUUCAGGGUCUGGAAUCAGGGAGACUCAUAUUCCUGAGUUCAAAUCUGGCCUCAGAUACUUGCUAGCUGUGUAACCUUUGGAAAAGUCAUUUAACCUUGUUUGCCUCAGUUUCCUUAUGGGAAAAGCAGAUGGCAAACCACUCCAGUAUCUUUGCCAAGAAAACCCCAAAUAAGGUCACAAAGAGUCUACUGAAAUGUCUGAGUAGCAACAGGAGUCAGGCCCUGGGAAUACAAAGAAAAGCAAAAAACCAAAAUAGUUGCUGUCUUUAAGGAGCUCACAAUAUCAAGGGAUAAAACCUAUAUAAAAAAGAAAAACUGUCCCAGGCCAUCAGCUGAGGCAAGGCUGGACAUGUCAGGUUGAGGCCCCUAACGAUACAGAAUACAGAAGCCCUUAGGUUCCGGGGAAAUGAAAGGAAGGAAGGAAAGAGAGAAGCAUGUCAGAACUGGAAGGAAACCUGGGCACAAUUUAGGCCAACCUCUUCAUUUCAUAGAUGGAAAAAGUGAGGCCCUUAGUGGAGAGGCGACUGGCCCAGAAGUUACACAGAAUUAGAAUCCCAGCCCUCUUUUCCCUGGAUGUCCCCCUAACCCCUAGAAUUUAGUGGCUUGGAGAGCAUUUUUCCUUCAUUUUACAUAUGGGGAAAGGGAGACCCUUAAAGGGGAGGUGGCAAGCCAACGGUUUGUUGUAAAAAAUUUUAAACCCUUACAUUGUCUUUGCAUGAAUUCUAAGAAGAACAGUAAGGGCUAGGCAGUGGGAAGUUAAGAGACUUGCCCAGGGUCACACAGCUAGGAAGUGUCUGAGGCUAGAUUUGAACCCAAGACCUCUCAUCUCUAGGCGUGGCACUCUAUCCACUGUGCCACCCAGUUGUCCCAGACAAGCCCAAUAUGACACAGAGAGCAGCAGAAUGAGAAUCCCAGGCCAGGUUUUUUACCUCUAAGUCCAUAUCUCUUUCCCUUGGACCCCACUGCCAAUAAUUUAGUGACACUUGGGGAGCGUCUCCUUCCCGUUUCAGAAGGGGAAACACAUAGGGAAGACGGUUUGCCCAAGGGAGGUCAAAGGGAGGAAAGGAGGGGGAGAAGGAUAGAGCCAAGUCGUUCCUUCAGGGACUAAGCCACUGCAACUGGCGCAACAGCUGUCAAGGAGCAGCUGGAGCCCAGGCGGGCCACGCCUCCGCCCCUGGUAGCCCCACCCCCUCCCUACUCCGCCACCCCCCCAGGCCUCGCGCAGCUCCACAUACAGAUUUCGCGCCUCGCUCCUCUUUCGUCACUUCCCCUUCGCUUACGGAAGCCACUCUGACGGAGCCAAAUUUGAAGAGAGACUACAAGUUUACGUAUCAUGUGACUACUGCUCGGGUCUACUCGGAGUCUGCGGACCUGAAGGGCCCGCUCCCUGCCCUCAGACCCUCCUGGUUCAGGCCCCAGACCCGCACAGGACCCUUUUGACCGGCGUCCCACGCAGAGCUGCCUGGGCCACAAUGCCGAUCCGCGCGCUCUGCACCAUCUGCUCGGACUUCUUCGACCACUUCCGAGAUGUGGCGGCCAUCCACUGUGGGCACACCUUCCACCUGGAGUGCCUCAUUAAGUGGUUUGACACUGCACCAAGUCGUACAUGUCCACAGUGUCGGAUUCAGGUUGGCAAAAGAUCCAUUAUCAAUAAGCUAUUCUUUGACCUUGCUCCAGAGGAGGAAGCAGUCUUGGAUGCAGAGUCCUUAAAGAAUGAACUGGAUAAGACUAGAGCCCAGCUGUCAUUGAAAGUGAAAGAGAAGAAAGAUUGCCAAUCCAUCAUUGACUCUUUGAGAGAAGUUCUAGAUGUGCGCAAUGUCACCAUAGAGUCACUGCAAAAGGCCCUGGGGGAGUCUGAAAUGCUGUGUUCCACCUUUAAGAAACAAAUAAAGUACUUGGAGCAGCAGCAAGAUGAGACCAAGCAUAUGAAAGAGGAGGCCUAUCGCCUGAGGAACAAAAUGAAGACCAUGGAACGACUCGAAAUCUUGCUCCAGAGCCAGCGCCCAGAAGUGGAACAGAUGAUCCGAGACAUGGGAGCAGGCCAGUCCGCUGUGGAACAACUAGCUGUAUACUGUAUAUCACUGAAGAAAGAAUAUGAAAAUCUCAAAGAGGCCCGGAAGGCCUCAGGUGAGCUGGCAGAUAAGCUGAGGAAGGAUUUGCUUUCUUCUAGUAAUAAGUUGCAAAAGGCAUUCUCUGAGCUUGAUAAGGCCAAGGAGGAACUGAAAUCAACCCAGAAGGAUUUGCAGAAUGCAGACAAGGAAAUUACGAGCUUAAAGAAGAAGCUGAGGAUUCUACAGGGGACCCUGAACCUGCCAUCCCACACCAGUGAGACCCUCAGUCGGCUUGUCUUUGAGAGCCCAGCUCCUGUGGAAAUGCUGAACCUCAAGUUGCGCCAGCCCGCCCAAGGUGAGGACAUUGAUCUGAAUGCCUCUUUCGAUGUGGACACGCCUCCAGCCCAGCCCCAUAGUUCCAAGCUCAUCCCAGCUAAGAAGCUCUGCCUGGAGCAGCCGAGCCCUCGGACUCCUGGCAUUUCCAAAAAAGAUAACAAAGAUCCUGUAAAGGUGAAAGGCCUUUCUCUUGGAGGUCAGCAUGGGGCUGGAGAACAAGAUGAUGAGCUGGUGGGGAACUUUCCUUCAUUCAUUCGGAAUGCUGUCCUGGGCAAGAAGAGGCCCCUGGGCAACCUGGGGGACCUGAGCAGGAAUAGUGGAAGCGUAAGAACUGGCUUUGAUGGGCUUGGAGGAAGAAGCAAGUAUAUUCAACCUACUGACCCAUCUAUCAUCCGUCCACUGACUGUAAAGCCAAAGGCCAGGCGCAAGGUGGUAUCAAGGCCAGCAGCUCCCUCUGUCCAGCCUAGGUUGGAUACUUUCCUGAGAUAAACCAGAGUCCCAUUUUGGGGCCAGAACUCACAAGAAAGCCCAGUGGGCAUUCUCCCUUUCUCUCCAGGCUUCUGAGAGAUAAGGUUGCCCUUUGGCAUGGGAGCAGGAAUAGAGAAGCUUCUGUAAGCCCUGAUGCCCCCUGGGUGGAGGGCAUUACUGUCCAGUGCCACAUCUGCUAUCACUCGCUGGGGCAUCCCAGACAGCCAUCCAGGGUACUUACUGCUUGAGGUUCCCGAAAGGACUCUGAGAAUAAGUUCUUACUCCUCCCAUACCCUCCAGAGCUCACAGCUGCCCCCACCACAACACAGACAUGUCAACUCUGACUGUGAUUUAAAGUGAUGCCUUUUCUCACUGUGGUUCAGCUUUUCCCUCCGCAGGGCCCAGGCAGGUCAGACUGGUACUUUUUAACUCCUCCAUGGCUCAGGGCUUUGAUUCUCUUACCACCCCCUCCCCGACUCAUCCCGUGCCCAAAUGUCUCCCUGAUUAAUCGAGUGCAGCUUUUCCUCCUUGUGACCAGAACGGAGCCUGGAGCCCAGGCCAUACCAGCAGAUGCUUGGCCUUUGGGACUUGCUCUCCUGGCUGGUCUGCAGAGGGUGAAGUGGGGAUUGUUGCCUGAUUUCUUGGGAGGUGGUAAGCUGGGGUUGCAGUAAAGUAUAAUGGGCCACGUAGUGUUCUUGCGAGGACCCAUGUAAAAUAAAGGCAGUUUCACAAA